AUGACUGACGCCAUUCUAGGCCAGAUAGAGGGCUUAAUCCCCAAUAUUCCACUUACGGUGGUUUCUCAAGGUGCUGAGGCUCUAGUUCUAUCCACGGAUGUUCAUCCUUAUAUUCCUAAAAAGUCCAAGUUGGUGGUGAAGUUCAGACCUUCAAAACCUUAUCGUCAUCCCAAGAUUGAUGCCAUGAUCACAAAGUCAAGAACGAUUGGAGAGGCUAAGUUUAUGGCUAAGUUGGCACGUGUAUCUAUUCCAGCCCCUGCUCUUGUACUGUUGGACGCACCUAAUGGAAUUAUCUGGAUGGAAAGUAUUGGAGAUGAGCUAGCCAACGGCACUAUCUCUUCAUUGAAGAACUGGUUGUGGCACCUUGAAAAGUCCGGAGAAGACUGUAUCAGUGAUCAUGUGCAAGCUUUAUUGCAGAAUACUGGACUGGUGAUUGGAAAACUCCAUAUGAAUGACAUGAUUCAUGGAGACUUGACCACUUCCAACAUUAUCCUACAAGGUGGGCAGGCGUACCUUAUUGACUUUGGACUUUCGUCUUAUUCUACGCUAGCUGAGGAUAAAGCAGUGGAUUUAUAUGUGAUGGAGCGUGCAGUGGAUAGUACCCACUCAGAUUUUGCAGAGAAGUACAAUGGGUGGCUUUUAGAUGGAUAUAAGCAGACGUUGUGUGGAGAGUACGGAGGCAAGGGAGGCAAGAAGAAGUAUGCGGAUACUAUUAAGAAGUUGGAGGACGUUAGACUCCGAGGCAGAAAGCGGUCGAUGUUGGGUUGA